CUACCAAAAAAAAAAAUACCAAAUCAAAAUAUGGCUUUUCAACGCAGUUAUAGCAAAGUGUGGUGGGGCUCCGACAACCAGCAACUACCCUCAUCUUUAUCAAUAUCCUCAGCGGCUGGCGGUGCUACAUCCUUAACAAACAGUACUAGCUUUACAAGUGGCGGCUUCUACUACGGUUCACAGUUUUCCCAGAAGACACAGCAGCAAUUGAAUGCGCAGCGUUUCCAAUACAAUAACCACAGUGGCGGCUACCAUUCGCUCGAUUCGGGCAGCAUUCGCUCGUAUGUGGGGAAUUUAUCGCGCAUACAGGAAGUCGACGAUGAGCACAACAGCUCCAAGUUAUCGUGGGGCAAACGUGAUAGCCCCGGUAGUCUGCGCAGUCAGGACUCUGGUUUCUCUGACAAUGAUGAAUCGCAUAGUGGUCGCAGCCUUGGUGGUCGUUCAUCCAAACCUGCCUCGCCCAGCUCAAAGUCCACCGGCAGUGUAGUCGGUUCACCGAAUUCCGUACGUUCGCUGACAGUGGAGACACCACCCACAGUUAUUCGACGAGUUGGAAAGUCAGAAUUCUAUUCACCGUUGGUGAACGUAUCCCGUCGCAUAUCAUUUUCCGGUUCACCUGCCACAGCCGCAACACUGGAUGCCGCCAUUUCUGGCAGCGGUUUAAAAGCUGCAACGCAAGUUUCACCGAAACAGUUGACUGCCGCUGAAUCGUUGAUGAAUGAGGCCGUGAGUGCUGCGAAGAAAUUAAAUUUUGAUGAUGCAAAUACGUGUGGCGGACAAGCAGUUGCCGCCCCACAACAGGCGCAGCAGCAGCAGCCGAAACGUCGACGUCGCAUUAGUCGCCAGUCAACAAAGCCAUUGUCGCCCACAAAACGGCGCACUCUUCUGGAAGAGACUGACAUUAGUGACCAAGAAGGCGGUGCUGGCAGUGAUGUAACAAGCAAUUCGUUUGAUGAGCUUGACCGAUCAGCAGAGCGUAAUCGUUCACGUACUCGUUUGCACAUUGUGCCAGCCUACAACAAUGAAACGGUCUAUUUAGGUGUGUCUUGUACAUCUCCCACUACCAAGCCGUACAACAAUGAAACUAUGAUAUUGGGUGCCGGUGGUGAAAUCACCAGUGCUUCCUAUGAGAACACCAACAACAACACACUCAAAUUAGAUGAACUCGAUAAGACAAUGUCGCCGCUGAAAGUAGAUGAGCAGCGUUACUUGGCUAGUACGAGUACGCCAAAAGCGUCACCAAGCGAACAUGCGCGUUCGUGGAUCCAAAUGUCUCUCCGCCAGGUGGCACGGGAGUACACAACUCCGCUGCUGAACGGUCGUAUGUGUGACCUGCAACGUUGGCUUUAUGAUUUGCGUUAUUCAUACGAGCAGGAAGUAAUGUCAACGCUACAAACCAAGUCUAUUGCACAGGAAGCUUUCAAGAAUUUGACAAUUACCACAAACACAGUGGCCAAGCUGAUACGCCAGCUGCAACAGCGCGCGCUCUGCAUGCAAUCAGAUUUCGAGCGCGUCGAACGCAUACUAUCAGGGGCGCAAGAAGCCACACUACAUGAAGCGCUCUCCAGCGCCGAGCAGCUUGUUGCGAAUGUGGCGGAGUUUACGCAGGUACUCGAACGACGCGCGGUUUUCUUCAAUGACUCGCGCGUUGAUCGCAAGCGCUAUGAGGAAAAUAUCGAGCAGAUACGCAUAAUCACCAAAGAUACGCGAUACUCGCUCGAACGUCAGCACUACAUCAAUUUGGAAUCGCUAUUGGAUGAUGUGCAAGUGCUUAAGCGCUAUUUGCUGAUCAGUGUGCGGCAAGUGUUCGAGAAGAUGGUGCGCAUCAUAGUGCAGAGCGUGGAGCAGGGUCAGUGUGAUCUUAUGCUGCGCGCCAACAUUAAUAUGAUAGCCACCUUGAUGAAUAUCGACUACGAGGGUUUCGCUUCACUCACAGAUGCCUUUGUGCAGAACGAAGCUGUACGCGCUCUGCUCAUCGUUUGUCUGGAGAAUAAAUUAUCUUCGGUGCGCGCGCUAGCCUUACGUGCGUUGGCUACAAUUUGUUGCUCACCGGCGGCUAUUGCGCAGUUAGGCGCCUGCGGUGGCAUAGAGAUCGUGCGCGAUACCGUGCAAGUGCCGGGCAGAGAACGGUCAGGUGAAUUGAGACGCGGCGAUUUAGAGCGACGUGAAGCUGUUUCGCUGUUAACACAAAUCACCGCAGCCUGGCAUGGCCCUGAACAUCGAGUUGACGGUUUAAAGGCAUGCGCAGAGAUUAUUGUCGAGGGACUGACACAGUUGAUCAUGAGCACCGACUGUGCGCAGACGCUGUUGCUAUGCGCGGCAGCGUUGAAUAAUCUCAGUCGCAUUGAGGCGACAUCGCACUACUCGAUAAUGUCGAAUGAGGCGAUAUUUAAGCUGAUAGCAGUGGUGCAGGGACGAGGGGAGGAGACAUCAAUAUUUUUAUAUGAGCAAAUCGUUGCGAUGUUACACAAUAUGUCAGUGAACAAGAAGUGCCACAGUCACUUGGCCAAUGGCAGCAUCAUAAAUUUCAUCACGUCCGCAUACCAAACGGAGUUCUACAAAAGCUACAAUUCGCGCGCAGAGAGCGACGCACAGCGGCGCACCAUCAAAGCUAUUCUGCAUACGUUGACACAUUUGGUGCACGAGUCCAGUCUGGGCAUUGAACUGUUGGAGCAGCAUCGCGGUGUGCCUGCCUUCUUCCGGCAGGCAAUGCUCAUCGGUGGCGGCGGUGGUGGUAGCGCAGGUGGCGAACACUGGUCUUUGGAUGGCAGCCACAGCAGAGAUAUUUCGUUUUUGGCACGCCAAUUGCUGCAGGCCCAAAGACAGGAGCAGGCCAAUAUAACUGGGAUGUCAACGACGACGCUGGUUAGAGAUAAGGAGAUUAGCAACGCUGACGCUGAGUCUACUGUGGUUAGUACGAGUGCCACUGCUGGCGAUGGUGGUGGUGCUGUGCGAGGUCGUGUUGGCAGCGGCAACAGCAGCGCAGGCAAUUUUAAAUUCAAUUUGACGCGACAGGAGAGUUUCGUCUGAGUGGCUGCAUGCAACAGAGUUGUCGCAGUUUGGUGCGCGCUAAGGCGCUUUAGGCUGUUGUGGCACCGAAUUAUUCUAUUUGCCGGCUAUACUGGGUUGCCGGCUAGAGGGCACACAUACAUAUAACUUGUAUAUAUUAUCGAGGCAAUCGUGCGCGUAGCAUCGAUUUGGUGUCGUAAAGGUUGGAGCAGCUGCUGGUAACGUACGUACGUACAUAGUUGUAGUGGUGACAAUUAGCACGUGACGGCAUCGAGAGCUGCAUUCAAAAAACGAAUUGAAAAUUACAAUUGAAAAGCUGCUGGGUUUGGAAGAUUUUCGUACUUUAUUUUGGGUGGCUUUGCCAUUUUUGCUAUGUAAAAAUGUGUGCAAAGCCUAUUAUUUGUAAUAAAAAACAUAUAUGUAUUUUAAAUAAUUUAUGUUUAUAGGUACAUAUGUACAUGUAUACGUAUAUAUAAGUAUAUUAGGGCGCAUCAUUUUUUUUACUAUGCCGUAUACCAUAGUACGAUUCUACGUGUAUUUCUAAGCAAAUUUUCACGUUGCGGCCUCUGGUGGAAAUUUUAAGAAAAACGUAACUGCAGAAAUGGACUCCUCAAACCAAAAAAGCCUUUUUUUUAGGAUUUUUUUGAUAAAAAAUUUAAACACUUCUUUACCACACUACAGCAAAAUGCUAAGAAACCU